AGGAGCUGCCCGACGGCUGUGAGCGCGAGGGGCAGGUGCGGGAGCACACGCUCCUCGCCUACACCCUCGGGCUCCGCCAGCUCGUGGUGUGCGUGAACAAGAUGGACAGCGAAUCCGUUGGGUACAGCGAGGAGCAGUUCGAGCAGACCUGCGAGCGCGUGCGCGAGGACCUGGACAAGUCCGGGCUGAAGACGCACGACGUGUACUUCGACGUGCACUUCGUGCCCACCUCGGGGCUGCGCGGCGACAACAUCAUGGACCGCUCGGACCACAUGGACUGGUACUGCGGGCCCACCCUGGUGGAGGCCCUGGACGACGCCGUGGCCUCGCACUUCAAGCCCGAAAGGCCGUUGCGCUUCCCGCUGCGGGAGGUCAUGAAGAUCGGCGGCACCGGCGUCGUCGCCGUCGGCAGGGUGGCCACCGGCUCCCUGCGCGCCGGCGCCAGCCUGCUCUUCGCGCCGGGCGGCGUGCGCGCCGAGGUGCGCUCCAUCACCAUGCACCACGAGACGCUCGAGGAGGCAACGUGCGGGGACGUCGUGAACCUGGCCGUUGAUGUUGCCGAGAACGCCCUGCGCUCGGGCAUGG